ACCGCAUAGUACAGCCCGCACAAAGUAGUCUGUCCUAAAAUCCCUCACAUUUCUGGGUAAAGGAGACAUUGUACUAAACCGUACAUUUUGUUCUAUAUAAAAUAUUAUUUAAAUCGACUUUUAGUUCAAGUACUCGCGAAAUCUGAAGGUUUUCGUGAUGCGGAGUGAUUUGUGACGAUUACAUAGAUUACGUAAAUCGCCACACAUGUCUGUGCGUGUGACAGACCUUGGCUUCAGCACAAAACACGCUUGCUGGCCCGAGCAAUACGUCUUUUUGCAGCACUCACGGCGAAGCGAAGAAGAUCGAGUUUUUGCAGUAUCAAUAUGCCUCCUCCAAAGAGACCUAAGAAUGGACCGACACGAGCAGAGCAGUUCUUGGACAAGCCCACAGAUCCUCUGGAAGCCAUCAUAAGAAGGUCACUGUUGAGUGAACCAGGGCAGAAGCAAGAAAGUGACAAAUGUCCAGGAAAAAGCCCUGGUGGGUCUUUAGCUGUGCCAUUUUCAGUCCCACACGGACAGCCAAUCAUGUUGGCCUCUCACAUGGGGAUAUCCAGAAGCCAGGGCCACCAGACAGGGACCAGAGGCAUGGCACAGCAGCCUCGCCAUGCAGGGGGCAGUGAUGGUGUCCAUAACGGCCACACCAGAAGUCAUCAGGAACCACAACAGCUUUUGGUGGGCAUGGUGUCACCCGUCAUGAUGCAGAAUGGCUUCAUGUACCAUCCCUCAUCUGUCAACAUGGGGGAGAAAGGUAUCCUGCACCAACAGAACAUGCUCCAGCCCCAUCCCAUGGCCCAUGGUGAAGGUGGCUCCAGACACAAGGGGGCUGGACAGUACUUCUCCUCCAUCAACUAUGUUCCGGGACCAAACGGAUGGGCCAUGGCCUAUCCAGACAUCCACAUCAUUCCCCCACAAGGCCAGACUCCCAGGAUGACCACACCCACCAAGGCAGCACUGAAGCAGAGCCCCAUGUCUCCUGUCAUGUCUGUCCACGGGAUGAGGCAGAAUGGAAGAAUCCAGAACGGGAUGAUGCAGCAGCACCAUCACCCAGACAUACUCACCCUGCACAAUGGGGGAAGGUCAGACAGAUUACAUCUGCCCAGGCACCAACCAGUGCACCAUUGACAGGAAUAGACGAAAAAGCUGCCAGGCCUGUCGCUACAGAAAGUGCCUCAUGGUGGGCAUGACCAAAGACGGUCGAAGAAGUGGUGAGAGAAGAGGGCCCAGAAGAAAGCGGACACAUAACCAAAUUGACGUGAGUUCCACAGCAGAUAGCUGUAAGUCCUCAGUAUCACCACUCCCGUCCUCAGCUAGUGCCUUUGACAAGUCCCGCUCAGCCUCGCCUACAGAAAAUAACAGUUUUGACAGCGACGGUGACAGCUCAACAGGAAGGGAAUUGCGGACGGCCUCUCACCAGCGACUAAAAGCACUGAUUGAUGCCCUGGACGUCAAGGAAGGGGAACAUAGAGGAGAAGAGAAUCACCCCACAGGCCACCAGGCAGGCAACUGGCAGGAAAUCUCCAACCCAGAACUGAUCGAGUCAGUCAGCAGCCUGGUGGACAGGGAGCUGACUGGGAUUAUCUGCUGGGGGAAGAAAAUUCCAGGGUACUCCAAGCUAUCAUUAAAUGACCAGGUUCUACUGAUGGAGUCCACAUGGCUCGACCUGCUCAUCCUGGACCUGGUGUGGUGCUCCAUCAGACACAAGGGGGAGAAACUGCUGCUGUCUGGGGGAGUCCUUGUCAACAGAAACACCAUUUCCAACCGGAGAAACAAUUCUUCUGGUGACGAUAUGGAAGUCCUAGAGAUGUGUGACCAAAUCCUAUCCAUUGCUACCAAGUUCUACGAGUUUGAUCUACAGAGGAGAGAAUACCUGUGUUUAAAGGCCAUCACCCUUGUUCAUGGAUCUCUGAAGGGAUUGGAAAGUGACACCCAGGUACGCCAACUGCAGGAUGACCUGACAGAUGCCCUGAUGGACGUCUGCAGCGAACGCCACGCCCUGGGCUCACGGCGUCCUGCAAAGAUGCUGCUGCUGCUAUCACACCUGCGACAGGUGAGCGCCAGGGCAUCCUCUCACCUCGGCGCUGUCAGAAAUGGUCUGAAGGUCCCGUUGUAUGACAUUCUCCUGGACAUUCUCACUGACCAGGUGUCUGAGGGCCAGCGUGACCAGCAGGCUGGUCACCAUGAAGUGGCCAGCAGCCCAGAGAAAGAGAGAUGAUUGCUAUAGAAUAACAAACACAACGGUAUAUAUCAUCUAUUGUAUAUGUGUGUUUUGUUUUGUACAGUUAUUGUUUUGUGUUGUUAAUAAAGUACAGGAUCUGUUCCGAUAGUAUCAGUUAAGACAUUAAAGAUGUUGUUCUUUUAAAAUUGACUUUUCCCAGAUGUUGGGUGUGAAAAAAAAGAAGAAAUAUUACAAACGUUCUGUGAUUCAUUUGUGGAAUUGUUUAAGUCCUGGAUGUUGAUUUUGGUUAGAAAAAAUCUUAUGUAUCAAGUUGAAUGACAAAGCAUGGUCCAAACGGAGAUGGUGUUCUGUUACUUGGCCUUGAUUACACAAGUGUUUUACCCUUGUGUCCUACCAAAGCACUGACCAAAGUGAACAGAAGCAUCAGCUUUUGUUGAUAGGAAGUGUUACUCUACAGUCUGUAUUGGAAUGUUUGCUUGUUAAGAGGAGGGCAGGCUUUCUGGAGAGUAAAAAGAGACAAACAUCAUAUGAUUUGUGAGAUUUCUGUACCUGAUAUGUCACAUUUGAAAACAUUACAGCCUUUCCUGAAAUGAAAUCACCACCAUCCCAAACAUGCCAGCUAAAAAAUAAGUGUUGGAAUAAGGACUGUGUUUUUUGCGGGUAUUUUUGUGUUUGUGCUGUCAUUGGGUGGAAUUUAAUGUGCAAUAUCAGAUGCACAAAAGCUCUGUCAAGCAUCUCCCAAAGAAAAGAAACAUUUGCAAAGAGUUAACAUUAUAGAUCCCCUAUAUAGCUGAAGUUGAAUAUAUAUGGUUACAGAAGACACUAAAGAUGUAUUGUUUAUUGUAUAUUUUCUGAGAAGAGUGAUGUAUAUUAUGUGCUGUUUGGUAAUGUAUUUAAACAGCAGAACAAUAAACGUUUUCUGUUCCAAGGA